GACAUUUGUGUAUCUUUUCAAUCGAAAAUGUUUGCUACACCUAGAAAUAACUCCAGUGACGGUCCUUUGUGCCACUCCACUCCAAGAUCCGUGAAAGGCGAUUCCCAAUUCGAGUCCAGAUAUGGAGCGAGGCUGCCCAGGAGUAUCUAUGGAUGGUAUCGUGUCCUCGUAUUUAGCACGGAUCGUCGGUUGACAUUCAAUCGAGUGCUGCGGCGUAUUCGCUGCAUCCUGACCCCCUUGAAGAUAUAUCCCCGUUAUAAGCACACAGGCGGGGAACAGGAUACGGCUGAGAGCUCCUGGGCCCGCUUCACGUUCUUCGUAAACAGUUACGACGUUGCGAGUGCUUUGUUCCGCCGUGGAUGGGUGGAUAAUCAAAUCUGGUUAAGAGUCAGUGACCGAAUGCCUAAGAUCUGGAUCAACUCAGUCGUUCGGCUGCAGUUGACAAAUCUGCUAUUGAAUAGGUAUGAUCCAGAAGAGCGCAGCCUGGAUCUUACGCUCUUUUACAAAGAUAGGGCCUUGUGUGGGGAGUUCUUCGCCCUCGCGGAACCCAACUGUAUGAGCACGGUGCUCGGGAUUGUGGACAGGGAAAUGCCGGAGCUGGAACGUUUAAUUUUGGAUAGGAAUCACCUGACCAAUAUGUGGGUCUUCAGACAAGUGGAGCGGCGCUUUCCACGCCUUCAUAGCAUAUCCUUGAAACACAACGAUAUCGAAAACAUAUAUUCAUUGCGGGACUUACAGUCUCUUCCCCUAGCCGAACUGAACCUCCAGGACAACCCUUUGCCCGCUGGUUACGAAAAGGAAGUGCUAGAUAUUUGGCCAAGUCUGCAGGUGCUCAACAAAAUUCAAGUGAUGCCCUUCCCGGCAAUGAAGCAAUUAGUUGAAAGAGCGUUGCAACAUACGGGCACCAAAAGGGAGUACUUCCGUUUCUUUUAAGUUCAAUGAUCUCUGUAUUCGUUUGAGAUGUUUAUAUGUUGUGAGUUCAU